AUGGCACCGGAUGCGAUCGGAACGGCACUGUACAGUGACAAUAACAACCAGCACGAGAAGCCACACCAGCGACCGGUUAUGAUGAACGGUUCCCUGAAGGUAAACGCGCGCGCGGUCGCUAACGGUGGUGUGCAAUACAAAAGCGACAGCAGCAGCAGCAGCAGUACACACCACCAGCAACAACAACCGGCGGACGAGGAUCGUUCAGCCCGGCAAUCGCUCAUCAUACUGGCGGCCAUCUUCUUUACCAGCCUGUUCGCGAUGGUGUACGUGUACGCAAUGUUUCCCCAGCUGGAAGAGUCAGAAAAGCAAUACCUUAAGGUGCCGUUUGAUAUCGAAGAUGCCAAGCAGCUGGGCCGGGUGCUCGAUCGCUACAAAGAUCUGUACAAUGUUGAGGUGAUGUUUGGCAUCAUACUGGUGUACAUAUUUCUGCAAACGUUUGCCAUUCCGGGUUCGUUGUUCCUAUCGAUACUGAGCGGAUUCCUGUACAGUUUCCCGGUUGCGCUUACGCUCGUAUGCUUCUGUUCCGCGCUCGGUGCCACACUGUGCUAUCUGCUGUCGCAGCUGGUCGGCCGGCGGCUGGUAAAGUACUACUUCCCCGAGCGGGCCCACCAUUGGGCGAAACAGGUCGACCGGCACCGGGACGAUCUGCUCAGCUACAUGCUGUUCCUGCGCAUGACACCGUUCCUGCCGAACUGGUUCAUCAACCUAGUCGCGCCGGUGAUCGGCGUACCGCUGUACCCGUUCGCGCUCGGCACAUUCCUCGGCGUUGCGCCACCCUCCUUCAUCGCUAUCCAGGCGGGCAAAACGCUCUACAAGAUGACCAGUUCGAGCGAUGCGUUCAGCUGGGGCUCGAUCGCGAUGCUGGCCGCCUUCUCCGUCGUAGCGCUCGUGCCGGUUAUCUUUAAGCGAUACUUUAAGACAAAGAUCGACUAA